AUCGCUGUAUUAUCAGAGAUUAUAACCAUUGAAUUUAAAUAACAUUUAAGAUUUCAUGUUAUUUCAUAACGAGGAAUGUCAUUACAAUGUAAUAUGAUAUUUUUCAACUAAUGCUAAAUCUAAACCAUACCUAACAUUUGUCAUUAAGAUGAAAAUUUAAAGAAAAUAUCUUUUCAAAACAAUGGCUGAUUCUGAAAAUGUAAACACAAAUAUGUGUUCUGAAGAACAGGUAUAUAUCAAUUCAGCUGAUGGGCUUCCUGAUGUGCACCCAAAUUUUGAUCAAGUCACUAUUGAUUCUGAUGAAGAGUCAAAUGACGAUGACCUAGUACAGGAACUACCAAAAUCAGUAAUAGUUACCAAUAUUCAUAGAGAUGUUUUUAAAAGCGAAGAGAGGAAAUCAAAAAUUGAAGGCCUAUUUAAAAUGUUUUCUGACAAUGUUGGAUUUCAAUGGUUGCCUAGCUUUAGACGUUUACGAGUAAAUUAUUCUACACCGAUUGCUGCAGCUAAUGCUCGCAUUCACCUUCAUCAGUAUGUAUUAGAGGAUUCUGUUAUUAACUGCUAUUUUGCCCAGCCUGUGACUCCUGUAGGAGCUCCAAGUUUAAAACCACCUGCUCCCGUGAAACAAUUUUUAAUAUCACCACCAGCUAGCCCACCUCUUGGCUGGGAGCCUCGGGCAGAAAAUGAGCCAUUGAUCAAUCAAGAUUUGUUAGCUGCACUUGCAAAUUUAACACCUGGUUCAAGUCAUGAGUUGCAUGCUCCAACUGAUUCUCAGCCAGGCAUUGUUGUCCAUACAGCGCAACUACCAAUUUCCUCAAAUGACAUCUCUUUAGGCCCUGGGCGUUGCAUACCACAUACACGGUGUCCAGAAUAUAAUUGAAUUUUUUUUUCAACCAAAGAUUAAAACAUUAAGUAUUAUAGUUAUUAUAAUUAGUGGUAAUGUACUUAUUUCACUAAGUUUAUGGCCAU